AUGCCGUCUUCAGACUACGACUCCGCUUCCCUGCCGGACUUAUUACCGCUGUACUACCGACGGCUCUUCCCCUUCUCUCAGUACUACCGCUGGCUGAACUACGGCGGAGUGCAGAAGAACUACUUCCAGAACCGAGAGUUCUCCUUCACGCUGAAAGACGACAUCUAUGUGCGCUACCAGUCGUUUACCACGCAGAGCGAGCUGGAGAAGGAAAUGCAGAAGAUGAACCCGUACAAGAUUGACAUCGGAGCCGUGUACACUCACAGGCCGAACCAACACAACACCGUGAAGUCUGGGAGCUUCCAGGCUCUAGAGAAGGAGCUUGUGUUUGAUAUCGACAUGACGGACUACGAUGAUGUCCGGAACUGCUGCAGUGAAGCAGAUAUUUGUGCAAAGUGCUGGACACUGAUGACCAUCGCUAUUCGUAUCCUGGACAGAGCGCUUCGAGAGGACUUUGGCUUUCAGCACUUGCUGUGGGUUUAUUCUGGCAGAAGAGGAGUUCAUUGUUGGGUGUGUGAUGAAGCUGCCAGGAAGCUCUCUGCAACAGCACGGUCCGCUGUGGCAGAGUACCUCAGCCUGGUCAAGGGUGGUGAGGGGACCACAAAGAAAGUCGUGCUGUCGGAUCCAAUUCAUCCUUUUAUUAAAGAGUCUUUGGAGGUGGUGGAGAACUAUUUCCCACAAUACGCUCUGCAGGACCAGGAGGUGCUGAGCCGUAAGGAGUCCAUAGACAAAGUCCUGGCUCUCGUUCCUGAAGAUGUUAGAAAAGACUUACAGGGGGAAUUCCAAAACGAGAAGAAACCAGAAAACCGCUGGAAGUUGAUUCAGUUACAAGCCAGAAAGAAACAGUCCACAGCUAAAAAGGGCCAACAUUUUGAGAAGGAGAUCAUGCUGCAGUACUGCUACCCCCGGCUCGAUGUGAAUGUCAGUAAAGGUGUGAACCAUUUACUGAAGAGCCCUUUCAGCAUCCAUCCUAAAACAGGACGGAUCUCUGUUCCCAUUGACCUCAGAGAGUUAAACAAGUUCGAUCCUUUCGCUGUGCCCACCAUCAGUUUGAUCUGUGAGGAGCUGGAUCGACCCAAAGCAGGGGAGGAAGAAGAACCGUCUGCGACCACCAUGGAGAAGGACGAUGAGCGAGAUGCAGCGGAGAGGAGAAAGAUCAGAGAUUACAAAAGAACCAGUUUGGCCAAGUACGUGAAGCACUUCGAUCAGUUUCUGGAUGCACUGGCUCGUUCGUGGAAAGGAGAACUCCUCAGAAAGAGCGAUCUUCAGAAAGAAUUCUAAUAAUGAGCCACACUCUGAAAAUAACUCCUCAGACGACACA